UUGGCAAUGGUAGGCGGAGCCACUGUAGCAGAGACGAGAACAGUACAUCAGCCACCAUGCUUUGUAGAUGCUUCUGAUGACCCUGAUAUCAAUCAAGUGUUGAACUUUUAUCUACAAAAGAUUAUACCUCAUAUUGAUGUGUUAAAAAUCAAUUCUGGAAGUAGAAAGAACAUAAUGGAGAUUGAAUACUGCAUCAAGUUAUCUGAUGCAGAAAGGGAAACUGCCAGCUUUUUCAAUUUCUCAACAUUAAAUUCAGACACCGACAGCCGGACAUUUUUACAUAAUUUUUGUACAGAUACAACAUCAUUUCUGAAGACAAUGGAAACCCAUUAUGACAUGCUAAAUGAACUUGCCUACUACAUAGUACAUUUACGUCUUACGACAAUUGACGAGCUCUCUGAAAAUGUGUUGGCGGACAUUCUACAUAACAUAUAUGACUGUAUGUGCAGCAUAAAGUCCGCUCUGAGAUCAAAACAACACGAUCCUGUAAUUGAAGUUCCUAGUGGUGUCCUCUCUGAUGAAUUUCUACGAUACUACGAAGGUAAAAUAAAAAGAUGCGAUCAACAGUCUUUGGAAUAUAUCACUGUACAUGACAUUAUGAGAAUUGCGAACUACCUUCAAACCGUCUACAGUCCAUUUGUUGCGACAGUAUCUUUAUGUCUGUAAAGCAGAGCUUUGUUUCUGAUUACAAACGUUUAAGUAAAAAUCUAUAGAAAAUGUGGCAUUUACUAACAUGUGCUAAAAUGUCGACAGUGAAAGCAAAUAUUUCAUCUUUAUUACUGCAAUAUUUUUAUGUUCAUCUAAUGCAAUGCUCAUAUCAAGGUUUUGAUCAAUCUAUUAAACUUACACAUCAUAGAUUUUUUAGAUAAAUGAAGUUGUUUACAUUAACUGUAUGUUAUUACUUUAGUCGUUGGUACUUAAAUGUGUCUAUCAAAGUAUCGAUAGUAUUGGGGAGUUGUAAAGUCAGGGUAACCCGAAACUAUGUUAUUUGUAUUCGGUAAGGAAUAUUCACACACACUUGAUACAUAAUUUAUUUCUAUUUAUUCAUUUUAUUUUUGCGUAUGCAAUUUUGAUAAGACAGCUAUUGUUAUUUUUUAUAGUUUCCAUUCCGCGAGAGUUCACAUUUGACUUAUUUUACUACAUGUUUUAUUAUUGCAAGCCAACUUGUGAGAAAAGUAUAGCUAAAUGAUAAAAAUUUCGAUCAUUAUAUACGAUGGCAAAUGUAUAAUAUGUGUUAAGUGAUUAUAUAAUUAAUCACUUUAUCAACACCAUUUGCACAUUCAUAUUACGAUAUUAUGGGUUGGCUAGGGCCUAGAAUCAUUGUGUUUGAAUUUAUUAGUUUAUAUAAUAUAUCUCCGUUUUUGUUGCUGUGGUGAAAUAUAUUAUAUUUGAAUCCCCAUUUUAAUAAAUCCGUACAAAUCUAAAAAUAGUCUAAUUAUUUGCCAGAAUAGCUUUAUUUUUUUAAAUACCUCAUACUGCAUUCUUUUACAUUUCAUGUACUUGUUCACUGUCAUGGGUAUUUUACGUUAUUUUUUAAACAUUUAUUUAUCAAUAUGUGAUUUCUUAACACUUUAUUUUUUUUUAUUUCUAUGUACAAUUUUCUAUUUCAUCUUUGAUAAUAAAGUCAUUUUCCAUAUACUUGUUUACACAUUUAUCCAUUUAGCAUAUACAACAUGAUGCAUAUCUAUGACUUAUAUUAAAAUAUUUAAUACUUACGUUAGGUGUACAACAGUCGUUCGGUAGUAAGGAAGGAUAUCGUUUUGUAAAACGUGGUAUUUCUAUUUGCUAUGUCCAUAAUAUAGUUUAUGCUACUGUUAUCUCGCUAUAAACAAACAUG